GGCACUCUUGCAAGGCUACAAAUCUACUCCCUUCCACUCCCGUCAGCUAAUCUUCCAUUACCAAUAUUUCAAACCUCAUCCACUUUCCUUUUCGAUAAUUACAAAGGUACCCCCUGCUAUGAACAUUUGUGUUCAUGUCGGAUUUGAACUGCCUGUUCUUCUACCUCUAGCCCUAAUUCUCGAUUACAAUUCACAACUCCCUUUCUAAAUUAAACCUUUCUAUCUUGAAAUUUGACGAUUUUUCACUCACAAUUUCUAAUUUCUACCAUCAAAUUCGCAUACCCUAAUUCGAAAAACAGAUAAGAAGUUUUACGGCGAAAUUUAACUUUUUUUUCCGACGAGACGGCAAAUUUGAGCUUCCGACAAUCUGAAGUGCUAAAUUAAAUUGGAAGAGGGAACUAAUAGCUUUGGUGAAGACAAGAAUGACCGUAUCUUGAGGAGCUGAGGUACAGACAACUUUAUGCAACAAAUGACAAUGUAUCCUUUCCAAGUUGCAUAACAUGACUCUUGGAAGAAAGCAGGAGAUUAGCAAUAUAUCAGAGCUGGCUUCAACUCUUCAUCUUUCAGUCAAUCUUCUUGUCAGGGCAGAUGUCGGAACUGCCAAAAUUGUGGGACAAAUGGGCCCUUUGAUGAAGAAGGAUAUGGAAGUGUCAUGCAAGAUGACAAAGAAGGCAACACUUGAUCUAAAGAGCCAUAAUCUUCUUGUUUACAAACAAAGCGAGGAAGGUUAUGCUUAUACGUCUUGUCCAAAGAAAAAAAGUGAUUGUUCAACUCAUAGCCUUUCACUAGAGAAGUGUAACCAGUCAAAUGGUACCCUCCAAGGACUUGAACGAGCUAAAGGAAAAAGUUCUAAAGCAUCACUAACUUUUGCUUCCGAGGAGUUGCUGCAAUUGCCUUCCUCAGAUUCUAAACUUGAUGAAAGGGCUCCUUUAGAUCCUUGUGAAGACGGCUUCUUUGCUCUUGGAGCUCCUCUGGAGACUUCAGUAAAGAGACCCGAGGACACUGAAUCAUUUGUAAUGAGCUCUAAAAGUAAGAUUUCCAAUCCUAGAAGAGAUACUUCUAGUAAGUCAAUGGUCAUGUCAGAGAAUGUGAUAGCCAUAUCAGGAGCUGCGUCUCUCUCUCAGAAACAUGAAAAAGAGCCGUCAUUCCUGGAAAGCCUAAGGGAACAUGAGCGUUUGUUAUCGAAUCUGAGUGUCAAUGAUCCUUUCUCUUUGACUAAUGUCAAUCGAAAUAGUAGCCUUUUGAAUCUAUUAAGCUAUUUUCCACAAAAAGCUCCCACUGUUAGCUCAAGAAAGAAGCUUCUUAUCCUUGAUAUCAAUGGCAUAUUGGCAGAUAUAGUUUAUCCUCCUCCAAAGGGGUACAGGGCAGACACUAAAAUUGCAGGACGAGCAGUUUUCACUAGGCCCUUCUGCUCUGAUUUUUUGAACUUUUGUCUUGAGAGAUUCAAUGUGGCUAUCUGGUCAUCAAGAUCAAGGAAAAUUAUUGAUAGAUUAGUCAACUACUUGAUGGGAGAUAGGAAAGACAAAUUGAUUUUCUGCUGGGAUCUGUCAUAUUGCACUGAGUCGAACUUCAGAACCUUGGAGAAUAAGCAUAAGGCAUUGGUUUUUAAAGAGCUUAGAAAAGUGUGGGAGAGUUAUGAUCCUGACCUUCCAUGGAAGAAAGGUGAAUUCAAUGAAUCAAAUACGUUUUUGCUGGACGAUACCCCUUACAAGGCAUUGCUCAAUCCUCCUCAUUCUGCAAUCUUUCCAUACUCAUACAACUUCAAAAAUCGUUCAGAUGAUUCAAUUGGUCCGGAAGGUAAUAUUCGAGCGUAUCUGGAAGAAUUAGCUGUGGCUGACAAUGUACAGGAAUAUAUAGAGCAACAUCCAUUCGGGCAGAGCGCUAUCACUGAGAGAAGCUUGUCCUGGCAAUUCUAUGACAAAGUUAUCAAGGAACAAAGUGCAGUCGCAGCUGGGGCUGGGGCUCUCAUUGAAGGGUGUCUUCUUUAAUGUCAUACUACAAAAUCUCCUUUAAUGUAGAGAGAGAGUAUUGGGUAAGAGGAUGCUCAUCUUCGGUAUGCCGACGACAACAAAGAAGUAUCAAUAUGGCAAUUGGAAGAGAUAUUCAAUUAUUCAUUGCUAUCUCUUCUUUGGCUGCAACCUCUUUCACGGAGGGUUUUAUCUUCAAACAUCUUUGAGCAAGCCGGGUAUAUCAAUUAGAUUUGAAGAGACAUAAUUAGCUCAAUUUUACAUUUUGAAUUGUAUUUUUGUUCUAAUACGAUAUUAGAACUCAAGGUCCUAGUUCGAGUAUAGAUGUAUACUCCCCCUUGGAGGAGUAAAAGUUGGAAGUGACAAAGAAUGGAUCCUAGACGGCUCGUUUGGUAGUCGUUAAUAAAUUUGUGGUAAUGAGAAUGAAUAUUAAGUGUAAUUUUAAUAGGGGAGUACCUUAAAACCUUCAUAGGGAGGCAUUUUUUCUCCAA